AUGGACGCGCAAAUCGCCGAAUGGCAACAACGCUCCGAGGCGCUCAAGCCCCUCAACCUCAAGCAAAUCGAGCCCCACCUCCUCGAACUCGACGCCCACCUCACCCUGCGCUCGCACAUUGUCGGUUACACACUCUCCGACGCCGACACCAUAGUAUGGAAGACGAUCCGCGAGAACCGCGUUGCGCACGCCUUUAUCAAGCAGGAUCUGAUGAAGAACCUGUGUCGCUGGUUUAGGUAUAUCGAGGAGGCGUAUCCACAGAGUGUGGUUGUUGUUAGUGGGGGACAGGGUAAGAAGGAGGAUGGGAAGGCGAAGGGAAAGAAGGAGGGGGGUAAGAAUGAUGAUGCGAAUUAUGAUAUUGGGUUGCAGGAUGUGGGUGAUGGGUCGGGGAUUGUCACUAGGUUUCCGCCUGAGCCUUCAGGUUACCUCCACAUCGGUCAUGCUAAGGCAGCGCUGCUCAACGACUAUUUCGCGCACGAGAAGUACAAGGGCAAACUCAUCCUACGUUUCGACGACACAAACCCCACAAAGGAGAAGCAAGAGUUCCAGGAUGCUAUCGUUGAGGACUGCGCGCUUCUCGGCAUCAAGCCAGACCAGGUCUCAUACACCAGUGAUUGGUUCGACCAGUUGUACGAGAGCUGUGUGCAAGCGAUCAAGGAUGGACUGGCAUACGCAGACGACACAGUACAGGAGAAGAUGCGCGACGAGCGCAUGAACGGAAUCGCUAGCGCUCGCCGUGAUGCCAGCGUUGAGGACAAUCUCGCUCACUUUGAGGAGAUGAAGAAGGGCAACGAGGAGGGCCUGAAGUGGUGCAUCCGCGCAAAGAUGUCGGUUGACGACCCGAACAAGGCCAUGCGCGACCCUGUCAUCUACCGCUGCAACCCCCAGGCGCAUCACCGCACCGGCGAGAAGUGGAAGAUCUACCCUACCUACGACUUCUGCUGCCCCAUCGUCGACUCGCUUGAGGGCGUCACCCACGCGCUACGUACGACCGAGUACAACGACCGCGACGCACAGUACCAAUGGUUCAUCAAGAACCUCAAACUGCGCAAGGUGCACAACUGGGGUUUCGCGCGUCUAAACUUUGUCCGCACGGUGCUGUCCAAGCGCAAGCUCACCAAGAUCGUGGAUGCUGGUAUCGUUGCGGGCUGGGACGACCCGCGCAUGCCAACUGUGCGCGGUGUCCGUCGCCAUGGUGCCGUCAUCCCGGCUCUCCGCGAGUUCAUCCUCAAGCAAGGUCCCUCCAAGAACAUUGUCAACCAGGACUGGUUCGCCUUCUGGGCUACCAACAAGAAGCACAUUGAGCCUACUGCUGCCCGUUACACUGCGAUUGACGAUUCUGGUCGCGUUCCUGUCACGAUCAUUGGCGCACGCGAGGGCGUCAUCUCCGAGGACAAGCCGAAACACGCCAAGUACGAUCUCGGUAACAAGAAGAUCGUCUUCAGCUCCUCCGUCAUCAUGGAGCAAGCCGACGCGCAGUCUUUCGCUCAAGACGAGGAGAUCACACUGAUGAACUGGGGUAACGCCAUUGUGCGCAAGAUCAGCCACUCCAUCAACCCCCUCGAGAUGGCCAAGCAUGGCCUGAAGACCGUCACCGGCCUCGAGCUCGAACUGCACCUCCAGGGUGAUGUCAAGAAGACGUCCAAGAAGGUCACAUGGUUGAGCAAUGAUCAAGAUCUCAUUCCUGUUGAGCUGGUCGACUACGACUACCUCAUCACAAAGGAUAAGCUGGAGCCUGAUGACAACCUCGACGACUUCCUCAAUAAGGAGACUGAGACGAGGACCAAGGCUAUGGCUGACUGCAAUGUCGCCGAGCUCAAGGUCGAUGAUAUCGUGCAGUUUGACCGCAAGGGCUUCUUCCGCAUCGACCGCGCUUUUGCGCAUGGCGGGGCGGUUGUUGCGUUCCAGAUUCCUACUGGUAAGAGCAAAUAG